AUGUCUUCUUCUCCGAUUACCUAUACAUACCAGUCGCCUUAUAAACCCACACCCACGUCUUCACAGCUUGACAAAUUCAUACGGUAUCUACGUCUUAAGAUAUAUCGAAUCGAAGUCACAUAUGGCAUAUAUGUCUACACGCCCGUGGAAAAGGUGGUGUUCUGGACGCUGUUCUGCUUCUUAUUUUCCGCCAUCUCAACCGUCACAAUUCUCUACACGCAUCGAAUCCUAUUGUUCGGCUGGCACAUUUUCCUCGAGAGCGGCGUGCUAAGUGACAGUGUACUGCCACCAUUCUCGGCUGCGAAGCACGCGGCAACUGAAUUAACGACAUCUGUGCGAACUGAAGAGGCCACACCCCCAGGCACCGGCAUCUACAAUUUGGCCAUGGCUCCUAUAGGUCGAACACUGCGGUAUGCCGAUAGGCAGGCGACGACGCCAGACCUGAUGCGGAAGCGAGUACAACCCGAAGUGGCACGAGAUAAGGUCCAUCUCGCCAUUAAUGCCAGAUCAGGCGCAGAGUAUUACUACGAAAAUUUCCAGAACCGGGGCGUGGUUCACUCGAGAUAUGCGCAAUUUACUUCAAGCAUAUCUGCCGACUUACUCAAGUAA